AUGUCCAAACUCGAAUUCGAUGAGCAGUUUGACCCCAGUAUCCCGGAGAUUCUACCCCACAACAAGAUGUAUCUGCUGCAGGUCGGCGACCAGCUGUUCCGUGUGAGCGGCGCGUCGCUUAGCUCCGACGCGCCGAGUUACUUCACAGAGUACUUUAAGAAUCGUGAAAAGCAAAACCAUCCUCGUGGUGACGAUGAUGCCGGCAGCACCGACGACGCGCCCGAGGGACACGUGCUGUACAUCGACCGGUGUCCGCGCGUGUUCAAGCUCAUCUGCCAGCAUUUGCAAGGCUAUGCGCCCGAGAUCCGGGACGAAAAUGACUACACAAAGCUUUACGCAGAUGCCGUGUACUACAACCUGCCGCGCCUGUGUCGGCUGCUCAAGCACUCCAACAUGUACUACGUCAACAUCGGAGGCACGUCAUUCCGCGUCCCGCGCAUGGUGUUCUCUCAGGAGGGCAACCACCCGAACUAUUUCGACGUGACCAACGUCUCGCUCUUCGAAGACGUGGAGCACGUCAUUCUCAAGCACAACCUGAUCCGUCCACCGCCGUUGGCGCCCGUUUUCGUGAACCGGAGCCCCGAGUUGUUUGCCGAGUUGCUUAUCCUGCUGCGCGGUGGAUCUCUGGCGCUCGACGCCGAGAAACGUCGCACGCUGCUCCGUGAGUGCCGCUACUACCGGUUCCUGCGUCUCGAGCAGCAGCUGCUCGACUGCCGCAUCUCGUGGAACGUGGUACUGGGCCGCGAGGAGAUUGCGCUGAAUUUGCAGGAUAUCGUCAAAUUAGCCGUUUCGCUCCCUGACGCCGCCGACGGUUCUGCGCUUCAGACGCCGUGUGGUCCACGCCCGUUAAUGUGUUCCAACCCGACAGCGGAGUCGCCGCGGUCGCCGUCGUCACCGUCGUCACCUCUCGACGACAAUCCGCCCGAGCCGUCCCUGAAAAAGCCCAAAUUAAACCCUCCUAGGGAGUGGUGUCCCGUGCUAUACACACGCAAGUUUUUGGACUCUGUGCCACGAGAACUGAUCUUUCAAAUCGACACUCUUGGCGUCACCGUACUUCUGAACCAAAAGCAUAAAGUGAUCCACGUGUGCUUGUCCCGCGAGGCGCGCGCCAAAUUCGUGAACGUAUUUUCGGACGCACUACUCAAACAGGGCAUCCCGCUAGCGCUUCUCGAGAGAACCCUGGACUGCGGCGGCUCCCCAUGCACAACACUGGUGUUACCCGCAUGCUUAUCCAUAUGCGACCUCAGCGUCAACGGGCUUCCGUGUCGCAAUGUGUGCGCAAUAGUACAGGACUCGCGUUUCCUACAGAGCAUUCCAAACCUGGCCUCGUUGACCGAGGCCGGGAACUCGACUACGCCGGGGCUCAAGUUCAAUUUCGUCAAAUCCAUGUGGAAAUUGGGCGUCAAGGACUCCGAACUCAUGAUGAUUGCCAUCAAGGGUGAAGCCAUAUCGGGCAUCAAGGAACACAACAAACGUCUGGAGUAUUUAUGA